UCAUAAUUUACAAUUCAGACACGAUGCACGACUGAUGAUUAUGGACUUUAAGAAUGUUCAGAUCAACCGAACUUUUUUAUACAUUGCCUUGUUCUUCUUUACUGGGUUUCUGAUCGUUUAUUUCGGAGGAAGCUUCUCGGAGGAAAGGGCAUUUGAUACACCAGACAUGCCAAUAACUCCGAAUCAAGGUCCUUUACACAUAGAUGUCAGUGGAAGCAAGGUUGCUUACUAUGACUACUCUCCAGCUUCUUCGCAUCUAACUGUGCUACUGCUUCAUGGAAUGAGAUUCAGCAAAGAAAACUGGAAAACUUUGGGAACGCUAGACACUCUACUUCAAAAUGGUUAUAGAGCUAUUGCUGUAGACCUGCCAGGAUAUGGUGACUCAGAACCAAUGUUGGGCUUAUCACACGAACAGUUUAUCAGACAGUUUAUUGCUAAAGUUGAUUCAGAGUCUACGGUAAUAGUAUCCCCAUCAAUGAGCGGAGAGUUUGCAAUACCAGUGGUUUUCUCAGAACCAGCCAUACUGGCAGGGUGGGUACCAGUUGCUCCUGUCUCCAUUACAUCACACAAACUGAGCGAGUACCAGGCAUUACAGCUACCUGUUCUGGCGGUCUAUGGUGAGAAUGAUAACCAGUUCAGAAAACAGGUUGAAGAGUACCUAGGAGCUAUCCCACAAGUUACCCUGAAAAUGAUACCAGAAGGAUCUCACCCCUGCUACCUUGAUAAUCCUGACUUGUGGCAUGAGAAUCUUAUCAAAUUUCUUAGUGGUAUCAAAUGAGUUCUCAUCGAGAGUUAAAGUUUAGUGCGAUGUUA